GUCCAAUGAUGUUUGCACUGCAAUGGAGCGAUACGAAGAGGCAGGGCAGUACAUGAAUGGUGACAACUCAUGCAUGCACGUACUCGUAGUACAGAGCUCCCAUCGAGGCAGCAGCGCUCGAGCUGCGAACGUCACUACUCUAAUGGCACAGCUACGACAGAUGGGCGGAUCAACCGCACACAAAGGGCCACGCUACUAGUAGACAAAGAAGAGCUAGGAAGUGCCAGCUACGACGGGCACAUGCGCAGCACAAGGGUGCGACGUUGAUUCAACGGUACACCUGACGUUUGCAGCAUGUGGCCGGACCUACCCGACGUGUCUGGAGGAAUACAUGAUGUCGACUUGUCCCCGUGGAAUGUCAACUGAGGCAGACGAGACACGUCAUGCAUGGUGCACAAGGUCGUCUCUUGUAGUCUGUUCGCUAACCUGUAGCUCAUAUGCAAUACUCUGUUCCCACACUUUGGACCAGACACCGACGUACACUUCACCCUGCGAUCGUUCUAGCAAGCCAUCGUGCUGGAAGAAAUGCAUCAAUCAGCACAGAGGGGAAGAAGUAAGCACGCACAAAUCAGUCGACGUUCUAGCUUACCUCCACACUCAGAAGACCAUCGGGAAGGAACACAUCCGCUGUGAGUUGUCGCUGCCAAUACUGUGUCUCGAGCGACUGGCUGUAGCGAUACGAGCCCACAGCCUCACCCACGAUCAGUCGAGGAGCCGUCAGUCGGACAUCAUGCAACACCACCCCUGACAUCGACAAACCGUCCGUCCAACCAGCAGCUGCCCAGUCGGGUCGCUGCAGCAGGGUUGGAUCGACACCAGCCACCAUUUCAGGUGCAAGCGGCAUCUCGUACGCGGCCGUCUCGGGCUGUGGAGGAUUGACAGGCAGCAGCGGAGGGGGCCUCAACACUGGCGCGCGGACCGUCACCACGUGAGAGAUGACGUAUCCAUUGGUGUCAUUGACGCGCUGUCGGCGGCCAUGAAUGUUGUCGGGGAAGGCACAGAUCGGGAGACGGAAGAAAUGCCACUGCAUUGGGUUGAGUGGCUGGGUGGUGAAGAACAGCUCUCGAUCUGCGGCCUCGUCUGAUCCGGGCUGGAAAAAUGGAUCGGGCUGGGCGGGGUCGGUCGCUGUCACGGACUGCGUAUGCACAUCGGCGAGCCAGACGGCAGCACUGGCCAUGACUGUCGCAACCUGACAAGAUGAACAGAGACGUGGACGACCAACAAGCUCGGUGUUUCCUCUACACCUCUGCUGUGUGAAAUAUAUGUCUUCCCUCUGCAUCAGGUGUGAGCUCGUAUGCAACCUGAGACAUAAAGCACAGACCAACAGGCAAAUGGCUGACUGACACAAGAGUAGACCGUCUCGCACUCGCUUGAUCGCAGAAUGAUCCAAUCCACGGCUCGCUGCAUCGGCACCCCGACCCCUGCCACACGCCUCUCCCGCGACACAACUCACCUUCAGCUGUGACGCCAUCUGGCGGCUCAGCCGACCCUGAGAUGGUGCAGUGUGGGUCCAGCCGCUCGAACAGGCCGCUGACGACAAGGGAGUAGGGCUGCGGGGCCCUUGGGAGGCUGUCGGCCACAACCCACACUACACAGAUACUCUCGUCACUGGGAAGGGAUCGCGGCACAGCUGGCGGGGCCAUGGGGGUUUGAGGAGUGGGGGCUGUCGACUUGUUGGACAGAGCGUCAGCCGGUGGCAUGGUGCUGUAGGUGUCUCUGUAAUCCGUCGCUGCAUUGACGCGCGGAGAGUCGACAAUGAUGACCUCAACAUUGUUAAGUGUGUCGGCUGAAGCUCCACCAUUGCCCUGCGCAGGGCGAACCAGGAGGCCACUCACGUGAAGUACCCUUACUUGCUGUCUGAAAGAAAGCAUACGUAUCGUGUUGUCCAUUGGUUGUGUUGGCACUUCAUGAUGAGGUGGACAUCGUUGAUGAGGGGUACGGCGGCUGCAGGAGCCGACGGGGCAUCCGUCCAUGUGAGCGACACCUACAUACCAUUAGAAAGCGAGAGCCCCUUCACCCAACGACGGUUGUCUGGCUGUCUUCAUUCUUUCGUGCUCACUUUGAACGCGUAGGGGAGAGUCACUCUCUGUUCUUCCAGCCUUCUUAUUCGUGCGCUGUUCAUGGUGAUGCAGUACCGGUGGGCAUCGCCAUCGUCAUACAAGAGGCCCUGCAGCACUUCCAAACUGCACUUAACAGCAGAAGACGUUCCGUCUCGGAAGAAUUUGCAUCGUACAUGUCUCAUCACCUCAGCUCCCUUUGCAGGGGCGCCGCAUCGUUGUUUUUGAAGGGCAGCAGUCGACCCAGCUGUACGGCUCCGAAGCCGACCUCGGUGUCAUAGGGCCGUGAUGAACUCUGGCCUUCGAAGUAGCCCGAAGCGACAAUCAUCGCCUUCAGUGUGCUCGAUCGGAGGUGGGAGCCUGGCGGGGCGGACGGCUUUCCCUGCGCCUCUUGUAGCAGCCCCUUGCGCAAAAAUUCCCUAAUCAGUGCUGUUGCGGCAGCAACGAAAGGUGUAGACUGUGAGGUGCCUUGCAGGCUCUUCUGUGAGCACGACGCGCUCGCAUCAGCACUAAGAAUGGCAUCGCCUGGCGCCACUACGUCAGGCUUGAUGCGGCCGUCACUCGUCGGGCCUGAAAAAAAAAGGUCAGCGGUGCAAGCGUCGUAUUCAUUUGUAGUAUCGUACCAUAUGCAGAGAACCAUGCCCUUGUCAGGAAGAGCUUGGUGUCAGAGAGAUGAGGGAGUGACACUGUGACCUCCAGUGAUGUCUCGACCGUGACAGUUGCUGGUCCGCUCUCGGAUGAAUACAUCAUAGUGUAAUUCCGACCAGCUGAUUCUUUCAGAAGGCUUUUGAAGGCUCGUCCAUCCUCUGCACUUAUCAGCAAGGCCGGGAUCCUACAAGUCACACGUCAGAGAUACUAAGUGAACAACACAUCUUUUAUUGUCUGUCGGUCUUACUUGACGGCUGUCGCCAUCGCUGCCUGGUCCGGCGGCACUCCCAUAAUCACAUCCCAUGCGUGCUGGCCAUCAGCCGUAUUGUACACCAGUACACCGUCGCCGCUGACAUUCUGGACAUUCAGAGCUUUGGUUAGGAAGCUGCACCUGCCUCGCGCAACCAGCACCACGAAGCCUUGCAGAGAAAGCAGCCCGACUUCCACCAGAUAGCUCGCCAGCAAAUCGGGAUCACAGCCAUCAGGGGGGUCGCCUGGUGCCAGCAUGAGCUCUUUGUUAUCGAUGAGGCCAAUGGCAUAGUCAGAUGAUUCCCAGACGGGGCCGAACACGGCAGGCGAUGCACUCAUUUCUGCUGGAAGAGACGGCAGUACCGCGGACCGCAGUAGCUCCUCAACAUGGACUCCUGAUGCUGUUGGAGAAGUGGCAACAGACGACACCGGGUCGCACCCUUGUACCACGAUAUCGUUGGAUGUGCUGUAGCGGCAGCCAGGGGAGACAUUGAAUGAGGGGCGAAUGACGAGAAGCUGCCAUGGCAGACGCAUGGGGUAUGCAUUCCUAAAGAAGCGAAAAGGACGCCGUCCAUGUCUGCAUCCGUUGAUGAAUGGAUUUGCUCACUUGUUCGAAAAGGUCGCGCCGACCGAGAGCACGUUUUUGGCAUGUGCUGGCGAGUCGACAUUCCGGCCGCCCUGCUUGGGCGCAUUUCCAGACGGAAAAACAGCUAGGAAGCCCUCAUGGCUGCGCAAGUAGGCAUCCACCUGGAAACCAAGAAGAAAUCACACACAAUGUCUCAACCCCACCGACUGACGUGCGCGCUCACAUCGACGUCAAAUGUCGUGAGCCCCUCAUGGUCCUGGCUGCCCCAGGAGCUCGACGCAAUAGAGGCGCCCAGUGCACGGAAGUUAUCGAAAUAGCUGCAACAAUGAAAAUAUCGAGUCCAGUCCUUCUUGAGCAGAUCCGGAGGGCAUACCUGUUCUUAAUGUUAGCGGGGACGCUGAAUCUGCCGCCAGACUGCAGGUCGAUGAAGGCCAGCUUCGCUAGUGGCGCCAGCCCCGAGCCCAGGGUCACAUUUUCACCAUGAAACGUCAGUACAGGCGGGCCGUUGAUUUCUUGCUUUGGUUGCUGCCUCGAUCCUGCGAGACACGCCCCCACAUGGGUACCAUGGCCAUUGACCUACUGGCACAGGCAGGGACAGCAUAAGCUGACAAACCGGGCCAUCGCACCGUCGUGCUCACGGGAUCGUCUCGGAAGUCGCCACUGAGGGAUUGGUAAGACACAAUCUUGCGGUGCAAGUAGUUGAGCGAGUUGAACGGCACCUCGUUGGACGUACCACUGUACCAGCAGCUGUCUCCUGCCACUCCACUGUCUCCAACACCGAUGAGCUCCCCUUCCCCGAACAGCCCCUGCGACCACAGAGGCCAGAAGCUGCUCGCUGACUCCUCGGUGAGCCCGUGCGCCGCAGCAGUUGCCAUAAAAAAAAUCGCUCUGCAUCACUUGUGUGGCUAUCUGGCUUUCUACCCUGAAGCUCCUCUGCACCUCGAUCGCUACUACAAGAGGCUGGCGAGCGACCCACUCGACCGUCCUCCAGCAAGCUUCGGGAUGGAUGUCUACAAGGAGUACUUGCAUCCUCGUUUCGUCCUCCCAUUGUACUUGCAGCGAUUGAUACGCCCUCGUAGGAUCGGAGCGCCCAAUUCGCGCCGGCCAUUCAGAUAUUGAGCUCCGCGAUUGGACGUCUUGAAGAAGCAAGACUGUGAGAUUGAGAGGCGAGGAGGCUGUUUGACACCUCGAGUAGAGGAGUUUGUCCACCUUUGCACUCAAAGGCAGAGGAAUGACAUCAGAAACGUACGGCAAUCCCUUCAGAACUCGCCAUGCUUCUUCAUUGUCCGGCUGCAGCGUGCUGUUUCUCGCCACAUGAUAGUGGUGCCGCGGAAUAUAGUCUACCACUGCAAAGCCAGCAGCAAUGAUAGCCCCCUCGACACUCUGCCUCAAAAGCCGCUUCGGCGAACGAUUAGCGUCUGAAGUUGAGAUCUUGACAGUCACAAGCCACUGAUUUCCAUCGGUUUGCCGUGAGAGUGACCGCAGAGAUGGCUCCUUUUCAUCCAAAGCACCCUCAGAAGAGCCCGCCUCAAGUCGGUAAUUACGCAGUGACGGAAGGGGAUUGGACUCUCGACGCUGCCGCCGGUGGUAGGUAGGGGGUGCCACUCCAUAAGAUGGAUGGAGAAAGGGUGUCCACGAGCAAGAGAUGACCAGCAUCUGCACGAGUAGCAUCUGCACAGUCCACAACUUGUCGCCACCAAUCACCAUUGUCAGUGCAGAAAGUUCCGGCAAUGGACACAUGCAUUACGCUUACAUCCGCCCCGCAUACCGAAACC